AUGCUGACUGCCCCAACAUCUGAUAUAACAUCAAGACCAAAUUCAUUUGUAAUUAUCACUGCAAAUCGUGUCCUUCACUGUAAUUCUGAUACGCCAGAAGAGAUGCAUCACUGGAUCACUUUAUUGCAAAGGUCAAAGGGUGACACAAGGGUUGAAGGGCAGGAGUUCAUAGUACGAGGGUGGUUACAGAAAGAAGUUAAAAAUAGCCCUAAAAUUCCUUCGUUGAAACUGAAGAAACGAUGGUUUGUCCUUACCCACAAUUCUUUGGACUACUACAAGAAUUCAGAGAAAAGUGCUAUGAAACUGGGCACCUUGGUGCUGAACAGCCUGUGCUCUGUGGUACAGCCUGAAGAGAAAAUAUUUAAGGAAACAGGAUACUGGAACGUGAUAGUGUACGGUCGCAAACACUGUUACCGCUUGUAUACCAAACUAUUAAAUGAAGCCACAAGGUGGUCUAGUGCCAUUCAGAAUGUGAUAGACACAAAGGCUCCAAUUGACACGCCAACUCAACAACUAAUUCAGGAUAUAAAGGAAAACUGUCUGAACACUGAAGUUGUGGAGCAGAUUUACAGACGAAAUCCAAUUCUUCGCUACACUCAUCACCCUUUGCACUCUCCUUUGCUACCACUUCCCUAUGGAGACAUCAACUUAAACUUGCUGAAAGAUAAAGGAUAUACAACAUUACAAGAUGAAGCAAUCAAGAUUUUCAAUUCUCUGCAACAACUCGAGUCUCUCUCUGAUCCUGUGCCAAUCAUUCAGGGCAUACUACAGACUGGUCAUGAUUUACGCCCUCUGAGAGAUGAGCUUUAUUGCCAGCUCAUUAAGCAGACUAACAAGGCUCACAAUCCUGGCAGCACGGGCAACCUGUAUCACUGGCAGAUACUUACUUGCUUGAGCUGCACCUUCCCACCCAGUCGAAGCAUCCUGAAAUAUCUGAAAUUUCAUCUUAAAAGAAUACGGGAGAAAUAUCAAGGCUCAGAAAUGGAAAAGUACGCAGUGUUCAUCUAUGAGUCAUUAAAGAAAACCAAGUGCAGGGAGUUUGUGCCAUGUCGGGAUGAAAUUGAAGCUUUAAUUCAGAGACAGGAAAUUACAACCACUGUGUACUGUCAUGGCGGAGGAGCUUGCAAGAUUACAAUCAACUCCCACACAACUGCUGGAGAGGUGGUGGAGAAACUGAUUCGAGGACUGGCCAUGGAAGACAGCAGAAAUAUGUUUGCUCUUUUUGAAUACAAUGAGGUGACAGAUAAAGCCAUUGAAAGCAGAACCAUUGUGGCUGAUAUACUGGCUAAAUUUGAAAAGCUUGCUGUGAGCAGAGACGCUGGAGAUAAGCCCUGGAAAUUCUACUUCAAACUCUACUGCUUCCUGGACACAGACCAUGUGCCAAAGGACAGUGUGGAAUAUGUGUUCAUGUUUGAGCAGGCACAUCAAGCAGUUAUCCGUGGUCAGUAUCCUGCACUCGAAGAAUCUCUGCAGUUCUUGGCAGCUUUGAGGUUACAGUAUUCACAAGGAGACUACAGUCUACACUCCAUUGUACCAGAGAUGGAAGAGUUUUAUCCCAUGCAGAAACUGAAAGCUCGAAUUUCUCAGUCCACCAAAUCAUUUACACCCUCUGAACGAACAGAAAGAAAGAGGUCUAGUUUCUUAGAAGGGACAUUGAGGAGAAGCUUUAGAAGUGGCUCCAUCAGCAAGCAGAAAAUGGAAGAGGAGCAGAUGCAGGAUAUGUGGGUAAAGGAAGAGGUUCUCUCAACGAGAGCCAACAUUAUUGACAAGUGGAAAAAGUUACAGGGUAUAAGUCCAGAACAGUGUAUCUCCAAGUACAUGGUUUUGAUAAAGGAAUGGCCUGGCUAUGGAUCAACACUAUUUGAUGUUGAGUGUAAAGAAGGUGGAUUUCCACAGGAGCUGUGGUUAGGAGUCAGUGUUGAAGCGGUUUCUGUGUACAAGAGAGGAGAAGGACGACCUCUAGAAGUGUUUCACUAUGAGCAGAUUUUGUCUUUUGGGGCUCCAUCUUCAAAUACCUACAAGAUAGUAGUAGAUGAGCGAGAGCUUUUAUUUGAAACAAGCGCGGUGGUUGACAUUGCUAAACUAAUGAAGGCCUACAUCAGCAUGAUUGUGAAAAAGCGGUACAGUACUACACGCUCAGAGAGCAGCCAUGGAAGCCAAGCAAGCUCCCGGUGAACACAGGAUCUGUGACCCACAUAUCCUCUUUUAUAUACAGGAGAUGCGCUCCUUAUAAACAUCAGGGCACCCAGACCUUAACUUCUUGGCCUUGGCAAAUUCAACAACCAGGGAGUUCCAGUGCCUAACAUAUUUUACCUGCCAGCGCCAUUUUCCAAGCUUUAAUACUUCACAUUGCCUUACAAUGUCUAACCCACUGCCUUCCGUGCAGUGUGUAGUGCCUACAGACUGCAUUUGCAAAUCGACCUCUUCACUGGAGAUAGGACAUGCUGGUUUUCUCAAGAAAAAAAAGAAAAAAGACGAAAAAAGUAUUGGUUUGUGGAAAGCUGCAGGCAGCCUUCCGGACGACUGGUUUAUUAGGAGAACACAUGCAUUGAGGUUCAGUGUCUCUGUUUUUGUGUUACAGUUUGUCAAGUGUAAAUCCUAAUUUUAUUACCGUGUUUUAAAAUAUGGAACAGUGAUGUGCAAAGAUGUUUAUGCAAUACAUUUUUCUCAAAAGUGGGUGCUUUGGACUGUGUUUCGAAUAGUGCCAGUCCCAGUUUAUACAGCCUUGUAUGCCAUGAUUCAUUUAAGCAGUAUGCAAUCUUGUCUACUGUAUUUAACCCUUUCAGGAACACAAGGGUAUUAGAAGGUGUGCUCUCCUCAAGAAUGCAAAGGGUUACAUUAAGAACAUCACGUACCGUUUUUGAACUGAAUAGGGCAAGCUGUAUCUCUUCUAGUCCUUGUCAGACUGGAUUUCCCAUCAUCCCUAGCUGUGUGGUUGGUUGCUGUAUGAUGGGAAUGAUAGUGCAAUGGCUGCAGCUUUUUUUAGCCCUGUUUUAGAAAAUAAACAGUAUUUAAAAUCUGCCUUAGUAUGAAGAUACAAGCAAUAUUCUCAUAGCACUUGGAUUAGAAAUAUUUCCUCUACUUGAUAUACCGUUUGCCACAAAGCUGUUGUCAAAAAGUAAUUGUAAAUAGGCAAAUAAAAGCAAGUGGUUUAUUUUUAUAUGAGAAGUUUGAAUAUGAAGAGAAAAUAUUGAAUUAACAGAUUAACAUCAGCAUUCUCUUCUUAUUUCAGUGAAACUGUUUAACAAUUGAAAAUAUUUGCUUAUUGUAAAAUAAAUAUUUGUUAAUAAAGUAUUGUAUUUAA